AUGGCUCCAGCUGCUGGCGAGAGGUCUGCGGGUGAGAUCCCCUGCCACCUCAUGGUGGCCCAUGGGCUGGGUGGUACCAAUGUGGAGGUACGGACUCUGUUUGUCAGUGGCCUUCCUGUGGACAUCAAACCCAGAGAGCUCUACUUACUCUUCCGACCAUUCAAGGGUUAUGAAGGGUCACUGAUCAAGCUAACAUCAAAACAGCCAGUUGGUUUUGUGACCUUUGACAGCCGGGCUGGUGCUGAAGCAGCGAAGAACGCCUUAAAUGGCAUCCGCUUUGACCCAGAGAACCCUCAGACCUUGCGGUUAGAGUUUGCUAAAGCCAACACAAAGAUGGCCAAGAGCAAGCUGAUGGCCACACCAAACCCCACCAAUAUCCACCCUGCCCUGGGCGCACACUUCAUUGCACGGGACCCCUAUGACCUGACUGGAGCAGCUCUUAUUCCAGCAUCCCCAGAAGCAUGGGCUCCCUACCCCCUGUACACCACGGAGCUAACCCCAGCCAUCCCCCAUGCUGCCUUCACGUACCCGGCGGCCGCUGCUGCGGCCGCUGCUCUUCACGCUCAGAUGCGCUGGUAUCCUCCCUCCGAAGCUACCCAGCAAGGAUGGAAGUCUCGUCAGUUUUGUUAGUUUGUUAGUAACGUCUCUCCUCGGCUCGUGUUCCUCCUCCCCACCUCUCCGCGGAGGGAUGUGCCAGGGACGAUCGCUCCAACUCCUCUUUGGUUUGCGGCCAGCGGACAAGGCGCCCGGCCCCGGCGCAUCCCCCCUCCGGACUGUGAAGCUGCCGUGCGCCGCCUCCGUCCCUCUGUCCUGCCGUCUGCCCGUCCGUCCAUCCCCAGGACCUCUUCCCCGGCUGAGCUUCACCGUCCGCCCGUGCCGAAACCCGGCCGGGGUGGCAGGGGCUCGGUGCCGGGCUCGCCUUGCCUGCGGCUCGGCUGAAGGAAACGAAAGGCAAAUCGGGUUUUGCAUGUUUUCUGGCAUGAAUUAAAACACUUAACUUGUGUAUGUGUGAGUGUAAGUUUGUUUGUUCUAGCGUUUGUGUAACCGUUAGCAACAGGUCUUGGCCCAACGGAUUGAUCCAUCAAGGUUUUCAUCUUGCGUCGGUGAAGACUUGGCUCUGAGAAAUACUAACUGUCCUUGUCUCACCCCUUCGCCCACCUCCGCCCUCCCCCUUCCCAGUACGACCAGAAGAAUUUGAAAAAUGUUUUUUUUUUUAUUUUUUUCCUCCAAGUACGAUGCACUGGGUUUCUGUUCUCAUCCAUUCUCCCGUUUUAAAGUCAGGGUUCUUAUAUUAUUAUUUUUUUUUUUUUUUCAGACUGCUAUAUAUAGAAAGGCUGUAAAAUAUCUAACCUCUCUUUUUCCUUUUUUUUCCACAUCCUUCUGAUUGGAGAGCAUCCAGUCCUGCCAAAUAAUCAGCCAUCCUUAUGGGAAUACCGAACAAAAAAAAAAAGUACGAGUAUUUUUGUACCAUGUGUAAUAAGGAAAUAUUUAUGCAUCAUAAAGAAUUUCUUGUGUGUUUGUGUGCAAUUAAUUAUUAUUAUUAUUAAAAGAGAAAUUGUAAUCCUGUAAGAUAAGUUAAUGUUUAGUUAAAAGCUUGAACAGAGAAGGGUUGUCUUCUGUAACAAUGAUUCAGUCAGGCAUAGUAAACAAGAAAUUGUGCAAUUUUUGUUUUAGCAUCUUAUUGCUUGGUAUUGAAGUGCUUUAAGUAUUAUAUGACCAUGGCUGUCUCGCUUGUAUUAAAAGAUUUGAGAAUAAGUUGCUCUAUACUUGCUGAUCCUAUGAGAAUGUGAAACUGGAUAAUAUAUGAAAUGCAACAAACAGAAAAAAAAAAAAUAUACCCAGAGGCUGCUGUGACUCUU